UUAUAAUCAGUUAUUGUCAGUUAUAACGUAUGACCACAUUUGUAUAAGGAUACAGCUGUCAUUUUGGUGUUGUAUUUUUAUCGAUGUUUAGAAGUUUUGUUCAUUUUGAGUAUUGUUAAUGAAUGGAGACGCAAAGCAAUAUUGUAAGGCUUUCGAAGGAAGAUAUUCCACUGAUAUCUAAACCGCAAAGUGAUGGCUCUUGGGCAAGAUGUUGGAGUUGGGUUUGGCGAAGGUGUUGUCGAGAACGAGAGCUCAGAGCUCGAACGAUUCAUGUCGGACAAGUUUCGUACGAGAAAUUCCCAACUAAUGUUAUACGGAAUCAGAAAUACAACGUAUUUACAUUUCUGCCACUGGUUCUUUUCCAGCAAUUCAAGUUUUUCCUAAAUCUCUACUUUUUAAUAAUGGCUAUAUCGCAGUUCAUACCUGACAUCAGAAUCGGGUAUUUAUAUACAUACUGGGGUCCUCUUGGUUUUGUGCUAACUGUUACAAUUUGCCGUGAAGCUGUCGAUGACUACAGACGCUACAAAAGAGAUAAAGAAGUCAAUGCCCAAAAGUACUAUCGUCUUCUAAAGGAUCGUGCCACGCCAGAGUUAGUUUCCAGUUCAAAACUACGCGUCGGUGACUUGGUUAUAGUGGAUAAAGGGCAAAGAGUGCCUGCCGACUUGGUACUUUUAAGAACAACUGAAAAAUCGGGGGCUUGUUUUGUGAGAACCGAUCAAUUGGACGGCGAAACGGAUUGGAAAUUACGUUUAGCAGUGCCAGCUACGCAAAAACUUGAUGAUGACUUACAGCUAUUUGAUAUUAAAGCGACAUUGUAUGUGGAAAAACCCCAGAAAGACAUUCAUAGUUUUAUUGGUACUUUUACAAGUUACAAUGGGCACAGUACCGAAGAAAGUCUUGGCGUAGAUAACACCCUUUGGGCAAACACCGCCGUUGCAUCCGGCUCAGCUUUGGGAAUAGUUGUGUAUACUGGUCAAGAAACGAGAUCUCUAAUGAACCAUUCCGCACCGCGAUCCAAAGUCGGUUUGCUCGACCAAGAGAUAAAUCAACUGACGAAAGUCCUAUUCUGUGCUCUCAUUGGGCUGGCUUUAGUCAUGAUGUGUUUAAAAGGAUUUAAUGGCCCAUGGUACAGAUACAUGUUCCGCUUUGUCCUGCUAUUUUCCUACAUCAUUCCGAUCAGCUUGCGAGUGAACUUGGACAUGGGGAAAUCAUUUUACGCAUGGUGCAUACAAAGAGACAAAGAAAUAGCCGGUACAGUAGUGAGGACGACCACUAUCUCGGAAGAACUCGGCCGAAUAUCUUAUCUGCUGAGUGACAAAACGGGCACUUUGACGCAAAAUAAAAUGGUUUUCAAGAAAUUACAUUUGGGUACCAUGUCGUAUGGACAAGAGACCUACGACGAGAUCAUAUCGCUCCUGGAGUCCUAUUAUUCGCUCUCGGCUUCCGGUUCACCGAAAUUAUUUACGCAGAUACAUGGAGGAAAGGUUCGAAAAUCUGAAGGAACUAGAGUUUAUGAAGCGGUACAGGCAUUGGCAUUGUGCCACAACGUAACGCCUGUGUACGAUGAACCCGUUUCCACCAAUUCUGAUUCAGUCAGCGUGAAUACUGCAGACACUGGUUCCGUGCAAAGCCAAACCGAAGCAGAUCAAUAUUACUAUCCCUCGGAGCAGCAACGUAAUUAUCAAGCGUCUAGUCCAGAUGAAGUUGCUUUAGUCAAGUGGACCGAGGAAGUAGGAAUUGCUUUAAUAAAACGCGAUCUCACCUCUAUGCAACUUAAAACCCCAAGAGGAAGGAUCUUGAAUUACACCGUUCUGCAAAUAUUCCCCUUUACAUCCGAAGCUAAAAGAAUGGGCAUAAUAGUAAGGGAUGAUUCCACUGGCGAGAUCACGUUUUACUUGAAAGGAGCAGAUGUCGUUAUGGCAAGCAUAGUUCAGUAUAACGAUUGGUUGGAAGAGGAAUGCGGAAACAUGGCUAGAGAAGGUCUUCGCACAUUGGUGGUUGCAAAGAAAAAUUUAACCGAAGAUCAGUACCUUGACUUUGAAGCAAGAUACAACGCGGCAAAGAUGUGCGUUAGUGAUCGUAUUCCCAGAGUCGCAGCGGUUAUUGAAAGUCUGGAACGAGAAAUGGAACUUCUGUGUGUCACCGGUGUCGAAGAUAAAUUGCAAGACAGAGUAAGGCCUACGUUAGAAGUGUUAAGAACUGCUGGAAUAAAGAUAUGGAUGUUAACGGGAGACAAAUUGGAAACGGCAACAUGUAUCGCUAAGUCGUCACAGCUUGUUUCACGAACCCAAGGUCUUCAUAUUUUUAAAUCAGUGGUAACGCGAACCGAUGCACAUUUAGAGUUAAAUUCUUUCCGUAAGAAACAAGACUGUGCACUGGUAAUAACCGGAGACUCGCUGGAAGUCUGUUUGCAAUAUUAUGAAACUGAAUUUUUGGAGCUGGCGUGCAGUUCGCCAGCCGUCGUCUGUUGCCGAUGUUCGCCAACUCAGAAAGCCGAAGUCGUUAGCUUAAUUCAAAGACAUACUGGAAAACGAACGGCAGCGGUAGGAGAUGGCGGAAACGAUGUAUCCAUGAUUCAAACAGCCGAUGCUGGAAUCGGUCUUGAAGGUCUUGAAGGAAAACAAGCAUCUUUAGCGGCAGACUUUUCAAUCUCGCAAUUCAGUCAUCUUGCAAAUUUGUUACUCGUUCACGGGAGAAGAAGCUACAAGCGAUCGGCUGCCUUGAGCCAGUUUAUCAUCCACCGUGGCUUGAUCAUUUCAACGAUGCAAGCCGUUUUCUCGGCUGUAUUUUACUUAUCGUCCGUAGCUCUUUAUCAAGGAUUUCUAAUGAUUGGAUACGGAACCAUCUACACCAUGUUCCCUGUCUUUUCCCUAGUACUGGAUAAAGAUGUGUCAGGCAGGAUUGCUCUCACUUAUCCAGAAUUAUACAAAGAACUUAGUAAAGGACGUUCGCUAUCCUAUAAAACAUUUUUCAUAUGGGUUUUAAUCAGCAUUUACCAAGGCGGAGUAAUUAUGUAUGGAGCGCUUAUAAUGUUUGAAGAUGAAUUCAUUCACAUCGUUGCUAUCAGCUUCUCAGCCCUGAUCGUAACAGAGUUGAUUAUGGUUGCUUUGACCAUUAGGACUUGGCACCGAAUAAUGAUAGUCGCUGAAGUUCUAUCGUUCGCUCUGUACCUCUUAUCCUUAGUGGUUCUUAAGGAAUCUUUUGAUGCUGAAUUUAUAAAAACAAUGGAUUUCGUGUGGAAAGUCCUGGUGAUAACAUUAGUCUCGUGUAUGCCCUUAUACAUCUUGAAAUUUCUGCGGAAGAAGUUCUCACCUCCAAGUUAUACGAAGCUGUCGUAAACAAUCGACAUCGGUAAUUGUAAAAUCUGCUUCGAUCGUUUUAUCAAUAGAAAUACGUAAAUAGCUCCACGACAGGAGGCUUAACCAAUAAAUUUCUCGGUUAAUUUAUUUUAUAAUAUCUAUCUGUCAAAAUAUUUAUCCAUAAGAAAUGACGUCAAGUUAAUCGUAGUGCGUGCAUUAUACAAAUAACUUAGGAUAAAAAUGAUGUUUACACAAUAAUUAAAGAAAUUAAAUAACUUCAGGAAACUAUCAUUACCAGCCUUUAAGUUCAAUAGUAUUACGUUGUAAAUACAAAAUUUGUAUUAAGGGGUCGUAUACGUUUUUCAAUGCUAGAGAGAAAUUAAUAUUUGUUAAUAAUCAGAACAAAUCACUGUUAUGUCACAGCCGUAAUUCUUGUUUUACAAAAGUACACGUUUAUAAGGUUGAACAAAAAAUGAACAUUCAAGAACUAUUACAGAUACAGUGUCUGCGUAUAGUGGCGUAGAAAGGGCUUUUGUGCCACUUAAAUUCGGUUUUGGCUCAUCUAUGAGCUGAAGGUAUUUCUGUGAUAUAAAUAAUUUUUAAAAUAUGCAAAAACCAAUUCCCUUUUAACAGAGAAAUGUAUAUGACUCCUUGAAAGAAAACAUUAAGAUGUUGCUUGAAUGAGCAUUUGUUACAAAAAAAAUAAGAUAAAAGGUAUCUUGCUUCUUGCAUUUGCUAUAUCUCUGAUUAUUGCAGGAUAAAAUAUCCCUACAACAUCUUUGGUGUAAAAAUAAAUGACUGUAAACUUAUCCAAGAUGCUGCGACGUCUCUUGAUUAAAGUCAUCAUGUAUAUUUGUAUUGAAAUACACCGUGUAUAAAUAAAAAGAAAUAGCGUA